GGGCACAGGACACAGGACACACACAGCAGAGACACACGCAGGGAUUCUUGCUGAUCUCAGUGGAGAAGUGACACCUCAGUUGUGCACAGUGAGCUUGUGGUGGAAAUACACUACAUACAUUGGGUGUAUUUAUUUUUGAACCGCUUUUAUUCAUCUGUUGGGGAUCGACUGCUUGAGGAUAGGGCUCUCUGUGAGGACUGCAGCAGCCACUCCGAGGAACACAUCAUUUCUAAACGACUACGCAGAAGGAGACGAUUGGCUGAGGGUCCGCUGACGGAUCCAAACUUUCUCAUGUUUGCUCAAUCUGACAAUCAAGACAUGUCGCCCUGAUUGCUGUUUUGUCGGGCACAGCUUUUCAUUAGGCAAGUUCUUUGCAUCUCUUUUAGAUGUCAACCACAACAGAAAAUGGGAUGGGAGGGCCUUGGAGCACAAGCAGAGAGAAAACAUACAAAAAGACAACGUCAUCAGCCUUGAAGGGGGCCAUUCAGCUCGGCAUUGGCUACACAGUGGGCAACCUCACCUCCAAGCCUGACAGAGAUGUGCUUAUGCAAGACUUCUAUGUCGUGGAGAGUGUCUUUCUUCCUAGUGAGGGAAGCAACUUGACCCCAGCACAUCACUAUCCUGACUUUCGCUUCAAGACCUACGCCCCGCUGGCCUUUCGCUACUUCAGGGAUCUGUUCGGCAUCAAACCAGACGAUUACCUGUACUCCCUCGUAAAUGAGCCUCUAAUUGAGUUGACCAACCCGGGGGCCAGCGGCUCUCUAUUCUACCUAACCAGCGAUGAUGAGUUCAUCAUUAAAACCGUCCAGCACAAAGAGGCCAAGUUUCUCCAGAGAUUACUACCUGGAUACUAUAUGAACCUGAACCAGAAUCCACGCACGCUGCUGCCAAAGUUCUACGGACUGUACUGCAUCCAGUCUGGAGGCAUCAACAUCCGACUGGUGGUGAUGAACAAUGUGCUGCCGCGCUCUGUCAAAAUGCACUACAAAUACGACCUGAAGGGAUCCACUUACAAGAGACGAGCAUCCAGGAAAGAGAGAGAGAAGGCCUGUCCGACGUACAAAGACCUGGACUUCCAGGACAUGCAUGAAGAAGGGCUUUACUUUGACACAGAGACGUACAACAACCUAAUGAAGACCCUGCAGAGAGACUGUCGGGUGCUGGAGAGUUUUAAGAUCAUGGACUACAGCCUGCUGCUAGGUGUGCACGUCCUGGACCACAGCCAGAGAGAGGGGGGUGAGCCAGGCCAAGCAGGGGGCGAUGGGAGGAGACCUGUUGGUCAGAGGGUGCUUUACUCCACUGCCAUGGAGUCCAUCCAGGGAGACGGCAAGGCUGCAGAAGCCCUCACCACUGACGACACAAUGGGUGGGAUCCCUGCCAAAACACACAAAGAAGAAAAGCUGCUCAUCUUCCUGGGUAUUAUAGAUAUUCUACAGUCAUACAGGUUCAUAAAAAAAUUGGAACACUCAUGGAAAGCCCUGGUGUACGAUGGUGACUCCGUCUCGGUGCACCGGCCUGGGUUUUAUGCCAGCCGCUUCCUCAAGUUCAUGAGCACGCGUGUCUUCAGGAAGACUCAGCCACUUCGAUUCUCCCCUUCAAAGAGGACUCGUACGUCCAUCCCGGCUCUGAAGUCGUGCUCACAGGAGAUCCUUUCAUCGCAGGCAGAUGAGAGGAACGAGGAGGACAGGAGGGACAGGCUGGGAGGAGCAUGCAGCCUGGCCAGUCUGGACACACAAGCUGUGUUUGGCUCAUACCUGCGUCCCGAUCUGGUCCCUGCCAGCCCAUCCUUCUACGAGGGAUCCUCAAUGGGAACCAUCUCCACCUCCUCCAUCUUUGUCAGCGUAAACAACCAAACAGAUGAGAGGGAUGACGUCGCAUCCAGCUCCACGUUUACCCUGGAGGACAGUGCUAUCUGCCUCACUUCAGAGCAGAGCACCAUGGAUGUGGAUAUAGACCGCGAUGACGGCUCUGUCCUCGAUGUCUACUUGUGAAAAGAGCAACUUUACAACCUUCAUUUCCUCCUGCCAAUCACAAGAGAAUCGCCACACUCCAUUCGACCAGCCAGGCUGGCCUUUGACUCCAUUUCCAGUGCUGCUAGAUCCAUGUUGCCAGUUGUAUUGCCAACACAUAAAAAGACUGAGAUUCUCCAUCGGUUGAUGGGCUAAAUGAAGACACCAACAACACAGCGAUGGACAUCUGCAGGAACCAUGUCACAUAUCAUUUAAUGUGAUGAACAUCCGGCUGAACAGAGUGUCGCUUCUUAGAGCCUAGUGCCAUUAAGUUUUAUAUAUGUAUUCUGUUUUCAUGGCCUACACAAAGGAUAAAUAUUUACUACAUAUACAUGACGAGAGGGUUGAUACAUUUCUUUAAAUGUUUUUUUUUCUGCUGACCAGAAAGAACUGAAAGAGCCUUUCAAAGUUUGCAACUGCAUACAUUGCUGAUAAACAGAAGAAAAAUGUGUACAGUGAAUAUAUGGUUGGCAUCUAUGUCCCUGAUGAAAAAAGGACACAAGCCAGCUUGUAGCCACAGCCAACACGGAUGAGAAAAGACUUAGAUCAGAUAUGAUGGAUUCUGAAGGCCAAACACAGACUGUGACGUGGUUAAAGCAGCCACCUUCUCCUUACUGGGCUAUUAUUUGUGCUGCCCUGACAGGAACAUGAAGCCCUAAAAAAGGGCUGCUGUGAAGUGAGAAAGGACAGUCACAGGAUCUUGGAUGAAGUACAGAGCGGAGGGACGAUGCACUCAAUCUAGAUCAAAAGGCACUUUUGACAUUGGUUAUGAUUACUGUAAGAAAUAUUUUUCUGAAGACGUUGCUUAGGUGGGUGGCCUACCUUACAUAAGCACAGAUUUGGAUAUGUGAAUAUGCACUUUUUUGUCUUCAAAUGCACACCUCUGUAAGUCCUUGAUACUAUACGUACAGAGACAGUGAAGGAACAUUGUAGAUCAUUUUUGAUGUGGAGCUAAUAGUUUUGAGGUUUGCAUCAUGACUGAGAUGCUUUUACUCAGGAUAUCCUUUGAUAGUGAAUAAGUGUGUCCUCUUCAAGAAGUUAUGAGACAUGCAUCCUACACUUAGAAGCUGUCCAAUACCUCUUCAUCAAGACCAUAUCCAACUAUAAAUGUUGAAUUCCAUGAUCACACGUCGGUUAGACCAUAAUUUAUUAUGUAAAUCUCAAUAUUUUGCCAUUUGCUGAAAAAAUACUUUAAUCGCUGAAUGUAAAGACAAUGCAUAUUUAUAUUUAGAAGAGACUCCUAUAAAUAAACUGUUUCAAUUCA